CAGAUUUUGCAUGCAAGUACAGCUACAGUCAUGGCCAAAAUGCAGAGUAGUUAGAUGCAUUUUAUAUUUGUUUUAUUUAAAUUCCUGUCCUGUUUCCCCAGUAGUGAUGCUGACAACAGAUACUCCGUCUGAUUCUUAGCGUUGACACAGUUACCCAAAGAUGUGACAUGCAAAGUGUUGAAAUGUCUGAAAAUGAAAGUGAUGUUGCAACUUUUUCACUUGCAUGCGGAAGUAAGUCCACUGCAGAGCGCAUUGCUGAGCAGCGCUGCACAGAGCGGACAGCAGUGAGGAUCGCUACAAGUGUUAGCCGAGGGUGUUGUGUGCGCUGCUCCGGGCUCUGGGCACAUAGAUAGCAAGUGACCUAUCGGGCUGAUGGCUUCCCGGGGGUCAGUGAGACCCUUAACAUUUCUCCGUAACAGCUUCAGGAGAGCAACUUGGAGCGGCUCUGGAGGGACACCCAGGCGUCCUCCUAUUCCAGGCACCCUAAGAGGUGAACAUACACCCAACGACAAGCCAGAUGAAAAUGAACGCAUCCGAUUUUCUGGGGGACAGCUGUUCUUUGAGUACCUUAUAGUUGUUUCACUGAAGAAAAAGAAAAAGGAUUCGGAGGAAUAUGAACCUCAGAUUACCUAUCAGUUUCCAAAGAGAGAACAGCUCAUUCGUUCUCAAAAAGAGGAGGAGGAGACUCUCCUGAAAGCCAUUCCUCUGUUCUGCUUCCCUGAUGGAAACAACUGGGCUCCACUUACUGAAUACAACAGUGAAACGUUUUCCUUUGUGUUGACCAACAUUGAUGGCAGUCGAAGAUUCGGAUACUGUCGACGACUUCUGCCACAUGGCAGUGGUGCACGCCUUCCAGAAGUAUACUGCAUUAUCAGUUGUCUUGGAUGUUUUGCAAUGUUUGAAAAGAUUUUGGAUGAGGUGGAAAAAAGACGACAGAAAUCUACUGCCUUGAUAUAUCCUUUCAUGCAGGGACUUCGAGAAGCACAAUUCCCAGCUCCAGGAAAAUCAGUUCAAGUUAAAAGUUUCAUCCCAGAACAUGGAACAGAGAUUAUAGAGUUGACUCGACCUCUUGACUCCAGGUUGGAACAUGUCGAUUUCAGGCCAUUACUUAAACACCUCUCUGAAGAAAAGAUCAUUAAAGUAUUUGCUUCUGCACUUUUAGAGAGGCGAAUAAUCUUCCUUGCAGAAGAACUCAGUAUCUUGUCACAAUGCAUCCAUGCUGUAGCAGCAUUGCUUUAUCCCUUCACUUGGCAACACACCUACAUUCCAGUUCUUCCAGAGGUCAUGAUAGAGACAGUGUGUUCACCAACGCCUUUCAUGGUUGGGGUUCAGAAAAUAUUUGAAGAGCGGUUUCAAGACCUACCAAUGGAAGAGGUUUUAAUCAUUGACCUGUGCAAGGGAAAGUUUACAGCUGACAUGAGUGAUGAAGGCUCAAUCAUCCCACCCAAACUACAAGACGAAAUGUUAGAAAUGUUGAAGAACUGGAAUAAGAAGUCAGAGUCUCUAGAAGAAGUGAACAACAUUGUAACAGAGGCCUUUAUAUGUUUUUUUGUUCGGACUGUUGGUCACUAUACACAAUACCUUAAGAGAAAUGGGGCACAAAUGGCUCAGUUUCAAGAGAAACCAUUCCGCAAGUCUCUGUCAUCCAGAUCAAUCAGGAGGUGUCUGAAGAAAUUUAUGACCACUCAGAUGUUUUCUGUGUUUGUUGAGGAAGCUGAAAAGAGACCUGUGGCACAAAAAGGAUAUUUCGAACAGAAGGUUAUUGAAUACCGUGAAAUGAAGAAAAAAGACAAGGAUAAGUCAUAGUAGCUGGGACACAAAGAUUUAUAUGCAGGAAAUCCCACUUACUCUGAUGUAAAUUAUCCAUACUGCACAAGGUGGGAUAUAAAGGUUGCCAUGGAAGAAAUACCACUACCCCUGAUGUAAAUAUUUCUUACUGAGAAAGCUGGGAUACUGAAAUAUCCCAGCAGGAUAUACAACUUCUCCUGUUGUAAAUAUUCUUUGCUGUACCUAAGCACAUUAGAUAUUUUUUUUUCGGGAAGGAAAGCUGUGUUUCAGCAUAGUUCCUGUAAACAAUGUGAAGGACUUAGAAUACUCAUGUACAUAGAAAAAAAACGUUUAAUUUUAUUUAUGUAUAGUGGACUUGUGUCAACACAAACUGCCUAUGGAUGAGGCCAAUACUUCUGCACCCUGAAGUUUGAUUAUUCUUGGGAACUCCCAUUUUGUUUUGUUUUGUGUGGAUAAUUUUUUGAUUGUCAUUUUCUUAGUUGUCUAUUCUGCUGUAAUGCUAGACUCUGGGGGGUCUGUCUAUGUAUACCACCAUUUUCAUUAUGGGGAAAUUUUCAGUCACCAUUCAAGAAAAUAUACAGAGGGAGUCGGUUUUGAGUAUAUCUGAGCUGCACGUGGAUGAUAACUGGUGGGAAUGACAAGACACCCUGCACAACACCCUGCGUUGACUGUCAGGUCUCAACCUUUUUUUCCAUCAGCUAGCUCUGAUGGCGGAAAGGGAUAAAGCCCUGACAAAGACACAGGUAACUGUGGUUCAGUUAUCAGCACAAGACACAGAGCUGGCAUGAGAAAGAUGGUCAUUCCCAACUUGCAGGGAAGAGGCCAGCUCAGUCUGCAACACUGCCUUUAUCCCCUUGGAGGAGAGUCAGUAAAUCAUGCAGUGACAGUGGAGUAUGUAUUAUGACUGUCAAGUCAUGUUUGUGUGGUAGCCUUUCAAUACACUUACUUGAGUAGAGCAUAGAGGUUCCCAUGGCAAUGUGGGUCACAGGAACUCUACCCAGGGGUGGGGUUUAUGACCUAACAGUAAUGCCAUCAUUGCCUGAAUGCUGGGAAGAGCAUAAAUGAUUUCUGUGACUGCCUGUAUGAUAGCUUCUUCAGAUGGUGCUCAUCCAUGUGGUGGAGAUACUCAGAAUGAGAGAAUGAAUGGGCUGAAGUCCAUGUAGGAGAGACCUGAUGAUCAACAGCCAUGAGGCAAAAAUUAUAUAAAAAACUUUCCAUCAAAAUGUGUGGCAAGUGGGAAAAGUAUGUGAUGAAGCAUGACAGAAGUAAAAAAAAACAAACCCAGGGAAUCAAGUGCAUUAGCAUUUAUAAUGUUUCCGGCUACAGGCCACCAUGAGUAAUGAAUUUAUAAUUUCAUUGGACAGUGCUGAGUAUUGCCUUCUCAAUGUAGUACAGAAGGUUUAAAAUGAACUAAUAAAACUUCUGUGGUAUCAUUCAACAAUGUCAUAUUAGUGUGAUAAAGUACUGACAGCCAUUACUGCUCACACAAAUAGUGAGUAGUUAGAUAUUUUUGGCCUUAGUUACAGCCAUUACUGCUCACGCUAAAAGUGAGUAGCUAGAACUGUAUGGCCUGUCUUCACUACUGUAUAGCUGUUCAUUAGUCCUUGUGUGUCUAAAAGGUAAUCAAUACAAAUAUCAUGCUGAAUGAUGGAUGUACUAUAAAUUAUGCUGGUUACAAAAAGUCACAAAUCCAGUUUGGACUAAUUACAUUAUCAUGGUUUUGUUAGUUUAGUUUUAUGAUUAUACUUUUCAAAAAAGACACAAAAUAAAAUGCAUAAAUUAAUUUAGGCCUUAUCCAAAGGCAUCUGACAGUUUUUAUGACUCAGUAUGGAAGUGCAUUUGUCAAAAUCCUGCAUACAAAACAUCAAGAAGUUGUAUAUUGAGCAGUGGGAGGAGCUGAGAGGAAGGGCAGGGAGAUACGAUGUUGUAUAUUGAGCAGUGGGAUGAGCUGAGAGGAAGGGCAGGGAGAUAAGAAGUUGUAUAUUGAGCAGUGGGAGGAGCUGAGAGGAAGGGCAGGGAGAUAAGAAGUUGUAUAUUGAGCAGUGGGAGGAGCUGAGAGGAAGGGCAGGGAGAUAAGAAGUUGUAUAUUGAGCAGUGGGAUGAGCUGAGAGGAAGGGCAGGGAGAUAAGAAGUUGUAUAUUGAGCAGUGGGAGGAGCUGAGAGGAAGGGCAGGGAGAUAAGAAGUUGUAUAUUGAGCAGUGGGAGGAGCUGAGAGGAAGGGCAGGGAGAUAAGAAGUUGUAUAUUGAGCAGUGGGAGGAGCUGAGAGGAAGGGCAGGGAGAUCCGAUGUUGUAUAUUGAGCAGUGGGAUGAGCUGAGAGGAAGGGCAGGGAGAUAAGAAGUGGUAUAUUGAGCAGUGGGAGGAGCUGAGAGGAAGGGCAGGGAGAUAUGAUGUUGUAUAUUGAGCAGUGGGAGGAGCUGAGAGGAAGGGCAGGGAGAUAAGAAGUUGUAUAUUGAGCAGUGGGAGGAGCUGGAAGGAAUGGUAGAGAGAUAUGUAGGGAGCAAAAUCUGGAAAUAAUAAUCACAGAAUCUUAAAGUGCAUUCAGAAAAGAUAAGCAAAUAUUCUAUUAGCUUGUAAAGUCAUAAAUAGAGCUUGUUUUAUUAAAAUAUAUAAAGAUAACGGUACUUCUGUAUGGUACAAUGACUGCAACAAAAGUAGUUUCCUUUACAUUUUUGUCUGUCAGUGCUCUAUAUCUUUGAAAUACUGAAGCCCCAUUUUGCUAUUCCACACUUCCUUCCCCCCACUGGUGGUCACAUUAUGUAGUGCUUUGAUCUCCAGUAACUUCUCCUUCUUGCCAGCAUAGAGGUUCACAUAUUACUUUGUGGACACUUCACACUUUGGUGCAUAUGUAAUGCUAUGAAGGAGAUGUCAGUUCUAUCAAGGAAGAUCUGCCAGGUGAUUAUGAGUGGGUAGUGCAAUUAUGUGCUGAGUGGGAUCUGGAAACUGAUGUUGUUUUAUGAUGAAAGCAGGGUAUACAGAAGUGCUAAAAGUUUUUGCUAUGUGGUGUUUGUGAGCCGAAAAGUGGUACUGAUGUAGAGCAUUAAAUAUGUUAUGGCAUGGUUCUGGUAUAUGGUAUCUGUGAAUUGGAGUAUGGUGCUGCUGUGGUGUGUUAUGGAGUGGUUCUGAUGUGUGGUAUCUGCAAAGCUGGAGAGUGGUGAUGAUAGAGUGUAUUGAGUGUACAUUAUUCAGGGUUCUGGUGUAUGGUGUCUGUGCUGGUGUUAUGUGGUGUGAGUGAAAGCGAUUCUGGUGAUUGCUAGUUUGAAAUUGUGGUGUUAACAGCAAUGUGGCAUUUGUCUUGUACUGUGAAUGUUAGUUGCAUAGCAGUGCUGGUGUUGUGAGGUACAGGAUGAACAUGCAUGCUGAGAUUGUGGUAAUCGUGAGUGGAAGACAGGUGCUAGAAUUCUGCAGUGAUCAUGGUUUGUUGAGUUUUGCUGGGAUGCUGGUGACAGUGGUUUGGAGACUGGUACUAGUAUUGUGUGGUGACUUAGUUGGCUAGUAGUUGUGAUAGUCAUGAUUUGAGGAACUAUACUGAUAUUGUGCUGACUGAGAAGUAGAAGGAAGGCUGGAGCUGUCUGAUGAGUAUGAUCUGGAAAGCAGUGCUGCUGAUGUAAUCUGUGCAAGUGCUGGUGAUGUAAUCUGUACAAGAUGUACAUAAAUAGUCCUGGAAAGCAGUGCUGGUGAUGUAAUCUAUGCAAGUGCUGGUGAUGUAAUCUGUACAAGAUGUACAUAAAUAGUCCUGGAAAGCAGUGCUGGUGGUGUAAUCUAUGCAAGUGCUACUGCUGUAAUGUAUACAAGAUGUACAUAAAUAGUCCUGAAAAGCAGUGCUGGUGAUGUCAUCUAUACAAGUGCUACUGCUGUAAUGUAUACAAGAUGUACAUAAAUAGUCCUGGAAAGCAGUGCUGGUGAUGUACUCUGUGCAAGAUGUACAUAAAUAGUCCUGGAAAGCAGUGCUGGUGAUGUAAUCUGUACAAGAUGUACAUAAAUAGUCCUGGAAAGCAGUGCUGGUGAUGUAAUCUAUGCAAGUGCUACUGCUGUAAUGUAUACAAGAUGUACAUAAAUAGUCCUGAAAAGCAGUGCUGGUGAUGUCAUCUAUGCAAGUGCUACUGCUGUAAUGUAUACAAGAUGUACAUAAAUAGUCCUGGAAAGCAGUGCUGGUGAUGUCAUCUAUGCAAGUGCUACUGCUGUAAUGUAUACAAGAUGUACAUAAAUAGUCCUGAAAAGCAGUGCUGGUGAUGUAAUCUGUGCAAGAUGUACAUAAAUAGUCCUGGAAAGCAGUGCUGGUGAUGUAAUCUGUGCAAGUGCUGGUGAUGUAAUCUGUACUAGAUGUACAUAAAUAGUCCUGGAAAGCAGUGCUGGUGAUGUAAUCUGUGCAAGAUGUACACAGAUAGUGAGACUAUGCUGAUACACUAUGGUGGUCGUGAAUGGAAUACAAGGUUGAGACUCUCAUAUUAGUCCGGUGACUGGUUCUGAUAUUGCGAGGUGAUUGUUAGAUGAAGAGUGAUACUGGUGUUGUAACUGAAAGAUGUAGAGAAGUGCUGGAACUCUGUUGUGACCUUGGGUUGGACAGCGAUACAGUAUUGUUGCUCUGUAAUUAAGCUAAGAAUAAUGUUGAUGUUGUGGCAGUCAUACAUUUACAGGACAUACUAUCAGUCUUUGGUGAAAGUUGUUUGAAGAGUGGUGCCUUGUUAGGUAUGAGGCCCUCAGUCACUUAAAAUAUCCAACUGUACUCUGCAUAUAUCUCUUGGUGCAACUAUAAUUUCACGGAGAUUUUCUGCCACUUCAGAAUGUGAGGUACAGAUCCCCUCAGUAUCUUUUGCUUAGUUAAUAUGGAGUUAACCAUUUUGUGUGUCAGUUGAUUUUCUGCCAUCCAAAUUAACAUCAAACUAUGUUUCAUAAUAUUGCAUCUUUAAAUUUGAUGUUUAAGCUUGUACAGUAAGGUCAAACUGUUACCCCUACAACAAAAAGGAUAAUGCAGACAUCCACUUGAAGGUUUAUAUUGCUGUUGGCUAACUGUAAACUUAUGGUAUGUGUUACAACUGCAACUUUUGUGAAUACUGUCUUCCGAUAUCCCUUCACCUGACUCACUAAGUACAUAUGUACGGAAAUAGAAGAGAUUCCCCUCCCCCACAAGGAAGUAAAUAAUAAUGCUGAAAACGCUCGCCUCCUCCCCACAAACCCACAACCAAGGAACCUCAUCCAUUGAUAUCAGCUUAUUGUUAGUGAACCUGUCAGACCUUUUUUUUUUUGUUCCAGGUACGGAUGUUGUUCUAUACAUAUGUGUUAUAUGCCUUUAUGUUUAUAUUUGUUUUAUUUCUAAUCUGUUCUAGGUUUUUAAUGUCAUUUAUUACCAAGGUGUAGUAGACUUUAUUUUCUGUAGAAUGUUAAAAUGUUUAAGGUACUCAGGUGAGAUCAUGAAAUGAUUAUCUUUUAGUGCAAAGUAAAGCUCUGCAUUUUAUGGUGAAAGUGUAGGGUUAAAUGUUUUUAACCAUCAGUUUUAGUGUUAUAUACAGUGUUUUGAAAUCUUAGCACAUCAUUUUCAGCACAGUGAUUGAAGAUGAAUUUUUUUUAAAUGAAUCUUGCACACAGGAAGCACUAACCUCUAAAAGGGAACCACCAUUAAUGUUUUAUGUUGCAUGACAGUAGCUACAGUGACUUCCAUAUACUUUGCAAUAGUGCCUAUAACAAAAAAAUGAGAAUUCUUCUUCAGAAUGACCUGUCAGAUAUUGUUGUAAAUUGUUUUGUUAAAAUUAACUUGUAUACUUGAAUAGGUUUUGUGGUUUCCUUGUGGUAAAAUAAAAAUGUAUAUAAAUC